UCUGUUACGUCACAUUCCGAAUUCUGGCAUGGAUGUAUCGAGAUGUGUGGUUCUAGUGUUAUGGUUAAUGGUAAGUGUGGAAUGCUAUGUCCAGAAACGAGAAAGUGGUGAUGGUGACAAAAUUGCAGACGAGGAGGCUGCACGUGCAUGGCUUGACCAGUACAAUCAGGACGCUACGGACAUGUUUUAUAACAGUUCGGUCAUCUGGUGGAAUUAUGAAACAAAUAUAACGGACUACAACCAAAAUCUUACAUUGGAAACAUAUUUGGAAAGUUCAAACUUUAAUAAAAAGAAAUCCGAAGAAGCCAACCAUUUUGCCUGGAGGAACUUCACGGACGUGUCCUUACGUAGACAGUUCCGAUUCCUCACUAAAAGAGGAAUAGAUGGAAUCAAGGAUGAGAACUUAUUAAAAGAGAUUGUUGAGCUACAGUCCGACAUGGAGAAAAUUUACAGCACGGGAAAAGUCUGCUACAAAUCUUCAGAUAACUGCUUGACACUUGAACCUGAUUUAACACGCGUACUUGCCAAUUCUAGAGAUUAUUUGGAGUUGCUGCAGGCAUGGAAAGGUUGGAGGGAUGCUACUGGGAGGAAAAUGAAGGAUGGAUUUGAACAGUUUGUCAACCUCAGCAACCAUGCUAUUAGAUCACUAGGAGACUUCGAUAAUUAUGCAGAUUAUUGGUUGUCGUGGUAUGACUCUGCAACCUUCGAGGAGGAAGUUAUCGCUAUUAUGGAGCAACUGAAACCUCUUUAUAUGGAACUACAUACAUAUGUCAGAGAAAAACUCCAGGAUAUAUACCCGGACCACAAGUUCCCGGCCACUGGGCACAUACCGGCCCAUUUACUCGGUAACAUGUGGGCACAGAGUUGGGAUAAUCUGUAUGACAUCAUGCAACCAUUCAAGAACAAAACUGGUAUUGAUGUGACUCGAGCAAUGGUUUCACAGAAUUACACAGUCGACAAAAUGUUUAAAGACAGUGAAGAAUUCUUCAUUUCACUGGGAUUUCCAAAAUUACGAAAGAGCUUUUGGGAGAAUUCUAUGUUGGAGCGCCCAAAUGAUCGAGAAGUCAGUUGUCAUGGUUCUGCGUGGGACUUCUAUAAGUAUUAUGACUACAGGAUAAAGAUGUGUACGGACAUUACCCAGGACGAUCUGUAUACAGUACACCACGAGAUGGGUCACACCUACUACCAGAUGGCCUACGAGAAUCAGUCCGUUCCAUUUCGGGAUGGAGCUAAUCCAGCGUUCCACGAGGCUAUUGGGGACACCAUUGCACUAUCUGUUGUCACGCCUGACCAUCUACAUAAGAUUGGACUUCUGGACACUGUAGAAAAUGACCUAGAAAGUGAUAUCAACUUCUUAAUGAAUGUGGCAUUAGACAAAAUAGCCUUCCUUCCCUUCGCUUUCGCCCUUGAUAGCUGGAGGUGGGACGUCUUCAGGGGGAAAACGCCUCCUCAACAGUACAACUCUAAGUGGUGGGAAUUACGGUGUAAAUAUCAAGGUAUAUCUCCACCUGUAGAGAGGUCAGAGGAAGACUUUGACCCCGGGGCGAAAUACCAUGUACCUUUCCAGGUAUCGUACAUCAGGUAUUUUGCUGCAUUUAUCCUGCAGUUUCAGUUCCAGAAGGCACUAUGCGACGUCGCGGGACACCAAGGUCCACUAUAUCGUUGUGAUAUAUAUAACUCCACUACUGCCGGUGACAAACUGAGAGAGAUGCUUAGUCUUGGCUCAUCCAAAACAUGGCCAGACGCAUUGGAAUCGAUGACAGGACAGAGAAAUAUGGAUGCAAGUGCCUUCAUAGAAUAUUUCCAGCCCUUAACAGAUUGGCUGAAAAUUCAAAACAAAGGCAAACGGGUUGGAUGGACAGAUUCAGCAUGUCCUUCGCCGACUUCAGGCUUGAUUGACAACGAGGAAGCGGGAUGGGAGUGGAUAGAACAGAAUGAUAAUAGGUUUAUCACUGUACACACCGAGAUGGCAGUUGCUGAAUGGCAGUAUGCUACCAAUAUCACCGACCAUAACAGUAAACUAAAGGUGGAAAGCAAUGUAAAAUUUGCGGAAUAUCAACGCGAGGCCGUUUUGAAUGCAAGUGUGUUUGAUUGGACAAACUUUCAAAAUGAGACACUACGGCGUUUAUUUAAGUACAUAAACUCCACCAUCGGCAUCAACUCCCUGGAGGACAAAGGCAAACUUGAAAAGUACAAUUCAGUAAUCUCUGAAAUGGAGGCUAUCACCAGCAAGGCCAAUGUGUGUCUGUCAGAUGGACUAUGCCAUCAGCUGACCCCAGGUCUGACGGAAGUGUUUGCCGAGUCCCGUAAUUACAGCUUGUUGGCGGAAGCCUGGGAGAAAUGGCGGGAUGUUACUGGUUGUAAAAUGAAAGCUCUGUAUGAGGAAAUGGUUAACAUUAGUAACGAGGCAUUUGCACAACUAGGAUAUGAAGACACCGGAGCAUAUUGGAGAUCAUGGUAUGAAUCUCCAACAUUUCAAGACCAAUUGAAGAGCCUCAUAACUAAAUUAGAGCCAUUAUACAAAAAUCUCCACGCUUAUAUCCGGAGAAAGUUACGACAGUUUUAUGGAGAGGAACACUUUCCUGCAUCUGGACAUAUUCCUGCUCACCUACUUGGAAAUAUGUGGGGACAGCAGUGGAAUAACAUAUACGACCUUGUGGAACCUUUCAAGGACAAACAAAGUAUAGACAUCACUCCUAAACUAAAAGAACUGAAACUAAAUGCAUUCAACCUAUUCAAAGUCGCGGAGGAAUUCUUUACAUCCCUUGGCCUCAUGGAGAUGCCCCAAUCAUUCUGGAAUGACUCCAUGUUUGUUAAGCCGGACGAUCGUGAUGUUAUAUGUCAUGCAUCUGCCUGGGAUUUCCAUAACGGCAAAGAUUUCAGAAUCAAGAUGUGUACGAAGGUUGACACUGAGGAUCUAAUGACCAUACACCACGAGAUGGGACACAUCCAGUACUUUCUUCAGUACAAGGAUCGCCCGAUACCAUUCCGAAAAGGAGCUAACAACGGUUUUCACGAGGCUGUUGGUGACGUUAUGGAACUCUCCGUCUCAACACCAGAGCAUCUUCACAAAAUCGGUUUCCUUGACAACCUUGUACACGAUACAGAGAGCGAUAUAAACUUCCUGAUGUCCAUGGCACUGAAAAAGAUUGCAUUCCUGCCAUUCGGAUAUCUGGUUGACCUAUGGCGGUGGAGUGUGUUUAGUGGAGAGACCACUCCAGAAAACUAUAACGAAAAGUGGUGGCAGCUGAGGUGUAGACUACAGGGAAUGUCACCACCUAUCUCAAGGACUGCAGAUGAUUUUGAUCCCGGUGCAAAGUAUCAUAUCGCGUCCAACGAUGCCUACAUCAGGUACUUUGUUAGUUUCGUGCUACAGUUUCAAUUUCAUAAGGCUUUGUGUAUUGCUGCUGGGAAAACUGGGCCUUUACAUCACUGUGAUAUUUACCAGUCUAGAGAGGCAGGUAAACUCUUACGAGAUAUGCUAGAACUUGGUGCCUCGCAACCAUGGCAAGAUGCACUGGAAAAAAUCACAGGACAGCGUGAAAUUGAUGCGGAACCACUAAUGGAAUAUUUCAAGCCUCUCACUGAUUGGCUGAUUGAACAGAAUCAAAACGAUACUGUCGGUUGGUUGAAAGAAUGUCCACAGGAAAAACCUGAUCUUAUCGACGAUGUCGAGGCAGCCAAAGAAUGGCUUUUGGAUUUUGACGAAGAAAUGCAGAAAAUGGAUUGGUAUUACGUGUCUGCACUCUGGAAAUUACAGUACCAACAUGACGGACUACAACCAGCAGAGACAGUCAAUGGACUCAUAAUCACCCUUACAGAGGCAAGCCUUGUAGCAUCAGAUUUCAGUAGAAGGGCAGCUAUCAAUGGGUCCAGGUUUAACUGGAAACAUUUCUCUGACCCGGUGAUAAAGAAACAGUUUUCCUUGAUUGUUGACCAAGGUACCUCUCUAAAGGAUGCGGUGAAGACCGAAGAGCGCAGCAACGUGAUGGCUAAUCUUCAAUCAACAUACUCAAAAGCUAAAGCGUGCCUUACAAAAGACAGGUGUUUGACAAUGGAACCAGACCUAAAGAUACUGAUGUCAACAUCACGGAAUCAAACGGAACUUCUACAAGCUUGGAGAUCAUGGAGAGAUGCCACAGGUCGCAAGAUGAAGAAACAGUAUGCCAGAUUUGUAGAGCUGAGUAAUGAAGGAGCAAGGCAAAACGGUUACAGUGAUACCGGUGAAUACUGGCGUUCCUGGUAUGAAACACCCAGUCUACGUGACGACUUGGUUAAAUUAUUGGACCAGCUACAAGUUUUAUACCUUCAGCUCCAUACGUACGUCAAAGGGAGACUGAAGGAGUUUUAUGGUUCUGAAAAUUUUCCACGAUCUGGCCACAUUCCCUCCCAUCUCCUAGGAAACAUGUGGGCACAAAAUUGGAUGAACAUCUACGACAUAGUACAACCAUUUAAAGACAAAGCGGUCCCAGAUGUAACUAAAACAAUGAAAGAAAAGAACAUCACCGUAAUUCAAAUGUUCAAACUCUCCGAGGAGUUUUUUGUGUCACUUAAUCUAUCUGCUAUGCCAUCGUCAUUUUGGGAAAACUCCAUGUUAGAACGGCCGCCUGAUGGUAGAGAUGUGGUCUGUCAUGCAUCUGCCUGGGAUUUCGGGAACGGCAAGGACUUCAGGAUUAAAAUGUGCACAAAUGUAUCAGUCGAUACGUUCCAAGUUAUUCACCAUGAAAUGGGUCACAUUCAGUAUUAUCUGCAAUACAAGGACCAGCCAUCGGUCUUUAGAAGAGGAGCUAAUCCAGGUUUCCAUGAGGCAGUUGGAGAUGUCGUAGCCAUGUCUGUUUUAACACCUGUUCAUCUGCACAAACUUGGUCUUCUGGAAACGGUCGAAAACGAUUUCGAAAGCGAUAUAAACUUCCUGAUGUCAAUGGCUUUGGAAAAAAUAGCAUUUCUCCCAUUUGGAUAUCUGAUUGACCAAUGGCGGUGGAGUGUGUUUAGUGGGGAGACAACUCCAGACGAAUAUAAUGAAAAAUGGUGGCAGCUGAGGUGUAAGUACCAAGGUGUCUCACCUCCUAUUGAGCGAAGUGAAGAGGACUUUGACCCUGGAUCUAAGUACCAUGUCCCUGGCAACACUCCCUAUAUUAGGUACUUCAUAAGUCAUGUGAUCGAGUUCCAGUUCCACAAGGCCCUGUGUGACGCAGCCGGACACACGGGUCCUCUACACAAGUGUGACAUAUAUCAGUCAAAGGAGGCUGGCAAGUUACUGGGCGACAUGCUAAAACUAGGAUCAUCCGAGCCAUGGCAGGUUGCCAUGGAAGCUAUUACAGGUCAAAGGUCAAUGAGUGUGGAGCCAAUCAUAGAUUACUUCCAGCCCCUUAUUGAUUGGUUGAGUGUGCAGAAUGAAGGUAAACAAUUUGGAUGGAUGGAAAAAUGUCAACAGCCUCGCUCAAACCUCAUUAAAGAUGAAGAACUGGCAAAAUUAUGGUUGGCAGAUUACAACAAACAAGCUGAACCUAGACAUCAACGGGUAUCGGAACUUGAAUGGAACUUUUUACACCAAAUUGGCUCUUCGCCUGUAAAACUCGACAUGGAGGAAGCGCAGGAGGACUUAGCGGAGUUUAAUAAUGAAGUCUGGUUGAAUGCUUCUCGAUUUGAUUGGGAGAAUUUUGUAGAUAAGGACCUGCAGCACGAGUUCAGAUAUGUACGUCAGGAUGUUGAUACAGACGUUUUAACAGAUCCAAAGAAGCGCGGAAAGCUGAGAACCCUGAUCAACGACUUUAAGGAAAUGGAAAUAGACGAUGAUUUGAAGAAUUCUCUGGCCACAUACAGAAACUACAGUCACCUCAAAAAUCUAUGGCAUUCAGGACAGCGAGUAGAGAGUGGUAUUCUCAAGGACAAAUACGCAGAAAUUGUCGGGUUGAGAAAUGAAGCAGCAAACGAACUAGGUUUCAUAGAUACAGGUGAGGUCUGGAGAAGUCGUUACGAAGGCAUGGCAUCCAAACAGGACUUGGAAGGAUUAUGGGAACAAGUAAAGCCAUUGUACCAAGAACUGCAUUGUUAUGUCAGAAAGCGAUUAAGGACACUUUAUGGUACAGAACGCUUCCCGGUGUCGGGACAGAUACCAUCACAUAUCUUAGGGAACCUCAUGGGAGAUAACUGGGAGAACAUUUACGACGUACUAGUGCCUUUUAAAGACAAAGCUGAUGUCAGCAUAACUCCAGUUCUUAACGCAAGGAAUUACACAACGGAAAUGAUGUUUCGCAAAGCUGACGAGUUCUUUCGCUCUAUCGGGCUACCAAAUCUUCCAGCCUCUUUUUGGGAAAGGUCGAUGUUCAAGUUUCCGUCCAAAAAUUGUAAUGUUAGUCCUAAGUUUGUAAAUCUGGGAUCAAAUGACAUCAGACUGCACAUAUGCACUGAUAUCGACCAGGACAGCUUUGUGUCUAUUCACAAGGAGCUGGCACGUAUCCAAUACUCCUGGGCCUAUCAAAGGCAGCCAUUCAACAUGCAGACACCAGCUAACCCAGGCUUUGAAGAGGCUGUCGCAGGCCUUGUAGGGUUGUCUGUUUCUACGUCAAAACAUUUCAACGACAUUGGCCUUCUGGAAAAAGCAGCAGAUGACACAGAGGAAACGUUUAAUUUCUUAAUGAAAAAUGGUCUUCAAACCAUACCAUCGCUUCCUUUUGGACACCUGAUUGGCUUAUGGCAAGCGAGCGCGUUUAGCGGUGAGACAUAUCCAGAAAAAUACAACGAGCAUUGGUGGAAACUCAGGAAUAAAUAUCAAGGAUUAUCUCUCCCUGAAGAUGAAAUUCGUGAUGAGGUUUUCUAUCCAGGGACUGGUGAUCAUGGCAGCGUUCCCAUGCCAUACAUCAGGUACUUUGUGGGAACAUUGCUAGCAUUCCAGUUGCAUGAAGGCCUUUGUAUUGCGGCGGGAAAUGAUGGGCCUUUACACAAAUGUGACAUUUACCAAUCUCGACAGGCAGGAGCUCUACUGACGCAGAUGUUAGAAUCAGGACGCUCAAUAAAUUGGCAAGACAUUCUUGAACAAAUGACAGGUCAGCGAAGAAUUGCUGCUACUUCAUUCCUCAAAUAUUUCAAGCCACUAUAUGACUGGCUUAAAGAACAAAACAAGGGCGAAUCAACUGGCUGGAAUGACGAUUAUUCUCCACUUACAAUUGAAGAAAGGGCUAAUGAAUUGGUGAACUCGUUCAAUAAGGAGGCGGUAGAUGUUUAUAGAAAUGAAACCCUUGCUCGGUGGAAUUACGAAGUUAAUAUCAAUGCUGACACAGAAGAGAGUAUGAUAACGUCUAUGAUGAAUGCGGCUGAUUUUGCGAAAAAUUCAGCUGAAGAGGUAUCCACCAUACCCUGGAAAAAACUCAAGGAUCGUGAUACAAGACGACAGCUAAAGGCAAUUACAGAUAUUGGAGCAAAUGCAAUGGCAAACAGAGCGAAGCUAAAACGGCUGUAUAAUGUCCAGUCAAGAAUACAGAGUAUGCACAGAAAGGCGAAGGUCUGUCUAAGUCCAAACAGAUGUCUAACAAUAAUGCCAGGAUUGACUGGAGUUAUGGCAACUUCGAGAAACCAAACAGUGUUACUGAAUGCAUGGAAGGGGUGGAGAGAGGCAACACGCAACACCAAGCCAUAUUAUAAUGAGUUUGUCGACCUGUCUAAUGAGGCCAGCAGAGAUAUAGGGUACUCACACACUGGGGAAUACUUGAGGGCGAAGUAUGAAUUGCCUCAAAUUGAAUCUGACCUUGAGGGUUUCCUGAAAUAUUUAAAUCCCUUUUACGAGAAUCUCCACGCUUACGUAAGGAAACGGUUGGGAAACGUGUAUGGCAUCGGAAAUUUCCCUUCCACUGGUCACAUACCUGCUCAUCUCCUAGGUGAUGUGUGGGGGCAAUCAUGGGGAAACAUCUACGACCUUGUAGUACCAUAUAAUGGAAGUCAAAGUACAGCGAUCACACCGGAACUAAAGCGUCAGAAAUACACUGUUAAGAAGUUGUUCAAAACUGCUGAAGAUUUUUUCGUCUCCCUGGGAUUAUCACCGUUGCCAGUGUCAUUCUGGAACAACUCUAUGUUCGAAAAGCCAGUUGGACGAGAUGUUGAGUGUCAGACAUCCGCUUGGGACAUGUUCAAUCAAAGUGAUGUCAGAAUCAAGAUGUGUGGUACUGUCGACAUGGAAAACCUGUUAACAAUUCAUCAAGAGGUUGGAAACAUGCAAUAUUUCAUGCAGGAUCGUAACCAGCCAGUCAUAUUCAGGCGAGGAGCAAUCCCAGGUUUCCUUGAAGCAGUAGGUGGUGUCGUCACAUUAUCUGUUUCCACGUCAUCACAUCUCGGAGAAAUCGGGCUUUUGAAUACUAGUAGUCGUCGGGAUGAUUUAAAAGCAGACAUCAAUUUUUUGAUGAAGAUGGCCCUGGAUAGGAUUGCAUUUCUGCCUUUUAGCUAUUUUAUCAACCAGUGGUGGUGGAGCGUCUUUAAAGGGGAGACGACCCCUGAAUAUUAUAACGAGAAAUGGUGGCAAUUAAGAUGUAAAUAUCAGGGUGUGUUUCCGCCUGUGGAGAGAACAGAGAAGAACUUCGACCCCGGGGCUAUAUAUCAGAGCCCAGCCAGUAAUGAAAUUACCAGAUAUUUUGUCAGUUCCGUAGUCCAGUUCCAGUUCCACAAGGCCCUGUGUGACGCAGCCGGACACACAGGUCCCCUACACAAGUGUGACAUAUACCACUCUAAGGAGGCUGGAAAAUUACUUAGUGACAUGUUAAAGCUUGGAUCAUCUGUUCCCUGGCCAGAAGCACUGAAGGUUUUGACAGGUCAAAAUAAUAUGGAUGUCGGGCCGUUACUUGAAUAUUUCGAGCCUCUGAUUGACUGGUUACAGAAAGAAAACUACCGAGAACGUCCAGGAUGGUCGGAUGCCUGUCCCACUGAAAAGGGAAGGUCAUUGGAAGUGCCUUCUUCCGACAGUUCAGGGACAUCUCGUAAAAACAUCUCUUUUGUUUUCCUUUUGCAUGUUGCAAUUUUAUGUCAACUUUUAUUAGUAAUUGACAAGCAUUCGGCCUGUUCCAUGGACAUGCAUAUUGUAGUGUAUGCAACUUGCCCACUGCUAUUUAUAUCCUGCAUAUAUCGCUGCAUAGUUAUGUUCACUGUGCAGCAUCAUAAAAUGACAGACACAGUCAACAUGAUUUGGAUGUAUUUCGCUACGCUGUUGUUUGUUAGAUAUUGUUCAGCAAGUCUUAUAGAUUCCGAGCCUGAAGGAAGACAGUUCAUGUCAAACUUUGGUACCGAGGCAUCUUCAGAAUUAAGUGCAAAAGUAUCUGCAAAGUGGAAGUAUGUCACGAAUGUUACCAACAUAAAUGGACGUGCUUCGUCAGAUGUCUCUAAGGAAUACCUCGAAUUUCAAAACACUAAAAAAGAAGAAGCAGAAAAGUACAACUGGAAAUCGUUUACAGAUGGAGCACUUCGACGCCAGUUUAAAAUAUUGGAAUGGAUCCCAAAGCGUGAUACUACCAGCAUACAGCGAGAGGUUGUGCUGACAGUGGCACAGAUGAUGAGAAUCUACCACUCAGCAAACAUGUGUCAGGGUUCUGGUAAAUGUAUACAAUAUAGCCCAUUGAUGGAUGGACAUGAGCAGGUCGAUCGAGACGAAGGAAACUUACUGAAAUUGUGGAAAGAGUGGAGAGAGGUCACUGGACGGUUAUUGCGGCCUAAGUAUAUUGAAUAUGUCGACUUUAUGAACCGAUUCUCAAAAUUUAAUGGGUACAGUGACGGGGCUGAGUACUGGAACCGUAAAUACGAGUCGACAACGUUUGAGAAUGAUAUGCAUAAGAUCUUACUACAACUACAGCCAUUGUAUAAACAACUACAUACCUUCAUUCGACGAAAACUCAUUGCUCGCUAUGGCGGAAACUCAUUCCAAUCAAGUGGCCAAAUUCCCGCUCAUCUCGUUGGAAAUUUGUGGGGCGGCAACUGGGAUAAUAUGUAUGACCUUGUGAAGCCAUAUCCCAAGGCCAACAUUAUCAACGUCACACAAGUGCUAAGGCAACGGGGUUACACAGUAAAUGAUUUGGUUGAAAUGGCCCAGACAUUUUAUACAUCACUUGGUUUUGAACAAAUGACGACGGACUUUUGGGCCGAAUCGAUAUUUACCAAGCCAAAGGACCGAGAAAUGGAAUGUGAACCAGUCGCGUUUGAUUUCUCUAAUAAACAAGACUUUCGGAUUAAGAUGUGUGGAGUUGUGACAGAGGAAGAUGUGCUCACCAUACAUAUUCAGAUGGGUCAUACUGUAUAUCAGAUGAGCUACAAAAAUCAGCCCUUUCUUUUUAGGGCAGGAGCAAAUCCAGCUUUUGUUGAUGCGGCGGCGGGACUCUCCAAAUUAUCGUUUCUUACGCAAGAGCAUUUUAAAUCCCUUGGAUUUAUUCCUCACAUUUCGAAUGAUAACGAACUUGAUAUAAAUGACAUGAUGAGGCUUGCUUUAGAGCACGUGGCACCCCUUCCUUUUUACUACAUUGUUGAUAAGUGGCGGUGGGAUGUGUUCCAAGGUAGAACUCCUAGCAACACCUUCAACCGCGAUUGGUGGAAACUACGAUGUCAGUAUCAGGGCGUUUCGCCCCCAGUGAAGAGGACAGAAGAGGACCUUGACAUCGCUUCUGCUUACCAAAUUGCUGGUAACAAGCCUUAUAUCAAAAAUUUCGUCAGCACUAUUUUGAAAUUCCAAUGGCAAAAAGCUUUGUGCGGCAUGGGACAACAACAAGAUAAACCACUACACAAAUGUGAUAUAACAGGACUCACGCAGUCCGGAAGAAAACUGAAAGAGAUGUUGGAACUCGGAGCAUCUCGUCCCUGGCCAGAAGCUAUGCAAGUGUUGACGGGGACACAGACGAUGAGUGCAACUCCAUUACUUGAAUAUUUCCAACCUUUAAUGGAAUGGCUGACCAAUCAAAAUAGUGGACACAAAGUAGGUUGGGAUAUUGAAUGUCCAAAGUUUGAAACGGCGGGGAACACACCAGAUUCUGCAUCCGAAAUAACCCCAGCACCAUUGUGUAGUGUUUUGACAGUAGCCUUUAUCCUGAUCCACGCCAUGGGAUAGAGGAAUAUGUUUACCAGGGGAUAGACAUUUUGCAUUUGAUCUAUUGAUAUUAAUUCUAUAUAGUAAAAGUAUAUCACUUCAUUGUGUGCUUUCAUAUUUGAAAAAUAUGUAUUGUAUGGCUUUUUUUUUAUAUUUUACUUUCAUGAAAACAUGUAUCCAAUAAUGUGUUUCCAUAUAUUCCAUGAUAUAGUGGGGAGUAGAGUUAGUGCUAACACUGCGGACAACAAUACAAUGUGUCUAUAUUUGGCAUAAUCAUCUCAACAAUGAUAUGUACACUACGAAAAGUGUGCCCAUAUUUUACGAAGUGAUGAUAACGUUCGGAUAGUUUCCUAUACUAUGUUGUUUAGGGAUAAUUCCUAUAUAUACUCACAUAUCUUAGGUCUUUUCCUUUUAUUAACUUAUUUAUCCUCAGUCGUGUUCUUAUAUUAAUUACUUAUCUAUAGUCGUUUUCUCAUCUUUAUAUUUACACAUUUAUCCUUAGUCGUUUUCUUAUAUCAAACACUUAUCUUUAGUCGUUUUCUUAUAUAAACUCACUUACCCUUAGUCGUUUUCUUAUAUAAACUCACUUACCCUUAGUCGUUUUCUUAUAUAAACUCACUUACCCUUAGUCGUUUUCUUAUAUCAAACACUUGUCUAUAGUUGUUUUCUUUUAUAAACUCACUUAUCUUAAGUCGUUUCCUUAUACACACUCACUUAUCCUUAGUCUUAAACUUUUCGUCAAAUUAACAUACUGUUUCUGAUUUCUGAUAUUAGCAUGUUUAUUAUGGGUUGAGGCUUGAUAGUAACCUCAUUACCCCGAUAUGUCAUCUAUUUUAACAUAUAUUUGUUGGGAUAUGUUUCCAUAGUUCCCUUUGACUAUAUGAUAACCAUUAUUAUUUACCUUUCUUGUACGUCACUCUGAAUCAACUCCAACGUAAUGCUAACGUUUCUAUAUUAACCUUACUUCCCUGUAGUCGUUCUAUCCAUGUAUUAACUUACCUAACAAUAUUCGUCCCUGUAUAAUUUCUUUUCUCAAUAAGCUAACCCAAACCAAAAGCUCAAACCUCAUACCACAACCCUCAACUCCCAUUUGGGAAAGCACCACCUCUUUGAUUGUGUUGUAGCGGAUUUAUAUUGCUUUAUGCAGUACUGGGUUUGAAGUGAAGGCCUAGCUCUGUGUUUUUAUGUUGGUUUUUUUGUGUUACGCGUGAUAUCAUGUCUGAUUUUAUAUAUAUACUAUAAUUCAUUUUUGCCUUACAUUCCUUCUGAUUUGCCAUAAUUUGUGUGUGUAUUAUAAUGUAUAGUUAAUAUUUUGCAAGAACUUGUGUGUACUGUAACGUAUUGCUUAUAGUUUGCCAGAACUCAUGUGUACAUUUAUAGAUUUAAGGCUUAGUGCUAACUAUGUAUAUAUUGCAAUGCGUCAGUAAGAGAGGUUGUUAUGUGAACAUUAUGAUACUUUAUCCUGACGUUUCUAUACAUUUUGUUAUUCAGUGUACACCUCGUACGUAUCGGUUUGAGUAUCAUUCAAUCGAAUGCGACGAGAUGUAUGUGUUUAACGAAUCGAGUCUAUUAUCAUCUCGGACACCACAUAAAUCGGUGCUAGUACGCUUCACAUUGGUCAUUAGUCUAAUGAAGGUGACAGAUACCAACCUGAAGAAAAUGUUCCAAUUUUUAAUCCAUGAUUGCAAGUUUGUAUUUUCAAUGUAUUCAUACUAUGAUGAAUGUUAUGUACGACUGUUUGUUAUUUAAGAACAUUAAUGAAUGUUCAUUGUCAACAAGUAGGGUUUUACAAUUAUAGACAUUUUAUAAUUCUGUAAACAAAUGCAUAAUUGUAAUAAUGACAAAAUUAGAAUGUCCUCUUUCAUAUUAUAAAUAUAUAUGUAAUAGACAACAUAGAGUAGAGUAAAUGAGAACCCGAAGAAUUAAGGUAUAACCCAAUUGUUUCCCGCUGAAUCAAUCAUAGCCCAUUAUUUUCGUAUAAGUAUGUUUUUUUUGUUUUGUUUUUUUUGACGGAUUACCGUUCCAUAAGUUUAUAUAUGUUUAGAUAUAUCGCAUUCGUGAACAGUCUUAAUGUCUAUAUUACUUUAUUGUAAAAUUUCAAUGUAUUCAACGAAUGUGACGGUAAAUAUGCCUAGAUCAUACAUAUAAAGAUACGCCUUGUACAAACAUUACAAUAUACAUAGGUAAAGUGCUAUAUGCUUCAUAGCUUAUACAUUCAUCAAAUAGGCAUUACAUAUUCAUAUACAUUUGUAUAUAGUAAAAGGGAAAUAUGAAGCUGGUCUGGUAUGUCAAUGUGAGUGAGUUGACGAAAAGUUUCCGCGGGCAAAUUCAUAAUUGAUGUCUCAUUGUACAAUGUGAAAUUAAAGACCGACUCAUUCCAAGUUCUGGACAAAGUGGACACCGACGAUGAUACAGUAAAUCUUAGAAUCUCUUAAACGGUCGUCGUUGAACUUUGACUUAAGCUAUCUAAUUGGUAUUGGUGUAAUCGUCUAUUUGAUUAGACGAAGGUAACAAUGAAUGACGGAAGUUUGGAUGAAUUCCCCACAAUAGGAUGAAUUUGGCUCCCACAAGCUAUAUGUGUGCCUACAUAAUGUAAAUAUACACACUUACUUAGUUUCUAAAUUACCUAUCAAAUGACACGAAUUGGAUCUUUCCUCCUUUGUCUCUAAGAAGAGUGAGUAUCUUAAUAAUAAUUGUUUUAAAACUUUUGAAACUUUUGUGUGUUGGAAUGCGGUUACAUUGACUGCUUGCAUUAAAAUUAUUAUUUCAUUGUC